GGUACAGGAAGUGCAGCUGAGGUCAACUGCGGAACUAAGUCUCAAGAAGAUGGCUGCUGUCGAAGGGGAGUUCAUUUUCGAUGCCGUUGGCGGCUUUUUAACUUCACCAAUAUGGAAUUAUCCAGUGCGUACUUUCAUAGAACAAAAUUCGCUUGGUAAGAACAGUUCUCCUUUGUAGUUGUUUUUUUUUUCUACUAUCGAAGUCUAGUGCUCGUGACGCUUAUUCAUAUUUCCUCAAGAGAAAUUAAAUUUUUGUUUUCCAUCUUUUCAAGUAUUUGAUCCUGACGGCGAAAACCACGAAGCAUAUCAGGAAAUACACAAAAAGUACAAGGAAAUGGUAAGAAAUGACAAGAAAUGACAAUCCACUCUCUACGUUAGCUUACUUAUAUUUUCCAAGCUUUACUUUUGUAAAUGUUAGGCGCUCAUAUCUCUCUCGUGUUUGCCUUCACUGGGAAAGUACUUGAACGUAAUGAGUUGUUGCUCUUGCAACCUACCGGAAAAUGAGAGGUUGUGAUCAAAUCAUUUUCAUCCCCUCGCCUCCGUUUCUGUAGAUAUGAUAGAGUGUUUCGUCUUAGUGGGACCGAUUUUUAGUUUGUACGUGUUCUACACCGGAAAGGUUUUCAAAGCCUGUGAAAGCUUACCUUAGAAAUGGAUCAAUUGUUGUUUCCCAGCUGUCGCCCUGUCAUAGUCAAACAAAACGACAAGGCACCAACUGGCUCAAUGACUCAAACCAUAGGUCAAGAAUGGUAUUUGAGUUCAAAAAGCAACUCUGGUAGUCAUAACUCAAAUGAUUGUCAAAACAUUUAAUAAUAAAUGUAUCACACAGACAUGCACUUGCUGAGAUAAUUUGUUCGGUACGUCGUUGGUUAUUUUGCUUAGUUUUGAAUUUUUACUGACGGGUUUUUUAAUUUUUCAUAGUCAAGUUUACAUGUACUUUAUCAAAUAUUGCCUCUUUAUGAUUUUCAUGAACUCCAGUAAAACCAAUGAGAAAUUUAUAUAUAUACAUACAUAUAUAGGAAGUCUGAGUUUCGAUUUUUCCGUAGUACAGUGCUCGAUACGUAGAAGUAGAGCGCCAUAUAUAUUGAGAUAGGGAAAAAAAUUUUAAAAUCUCCUGAUGAGUGAGUAAUCACCAAACAGGCUUGUAGGGAUGAAAGUGUUGUCUCUUUGUUUUUUCCCUAUCUCAAUAUAUAUAUAUAUUAUAUAUAUUGUCUUUUUCCUCCCACGAUAUAUACAUCACUCUAUUCCUAUGUAUUGAGCACUGUUUUACGUAUUAAGUCAAAAUUUUACACUAUAUAUAUAUAUGUAUAUUUAUAUGUAUCCACUAAUGAUUUAUUCGUUUUCAACUCUAAUGAAUAUUGAUAAUUUCCUUGAGAUAUUUUGACAAACAAGAGUGCCCCUGUCUCAAGUUCUCAGUACCUGUAAUAAGUCUGUGUACCUGUGACCACAUUUUACAUUCACUACUUGCCAAGUUUAGUCCUGAGGCACCCUUUAUUUUUUCAUUGCUUAUUUUGAACACAUUUGAGAACUAUGUAUCCUUCAAGAUUCUUGAGUAGGUUAAACUCAAACAGAGAAAAACUCCCAUUUUAAAAAAAUUUAAUUCCAGUCACAUUCGCAUCCUAUUCCAAUAGCAACUCAAGAAGUUACAUACAAUGAUUUUUAUUGCCCAUUUUUAUAGCUUUCUUUUAAACCCAGUUGUAUACUAAGGUUUUAUUUAAAUGCAAUUUUCUUGAAGCAUCUGUCAGGUAGGACUUGUUCAUUUGAAAUUCAUCCUGUGUGUAACAUGAAAGAAAAUUGAUUUUAACCCAUCGAUGUUGUAUUAAAAUUUGGCACCAGAAAUUGUUUCAUAAGACAUUGUGUUUGGUGCUAUUUAUUUAUUAGCUUAUUUAUUAUUUAUUUAUUUUUUACAUCUGUAGUGAUGGGUACCCUCAGCAAUAUUAUUACUGUUAUUGUUAUUAUUAUCUUGAAAGGUGGACACUUUGUUAUCAAGCUUUAUAAAAGAUGUAGGAAUAUCAGAAGAACAGUUCAUGAAAGCUUGUCAGGAAGGAAGAAGCAGUCCACAGUUCAAUUCUAUAAACAGGGUCAGUAAAUCAGAUCAAAAAGAUUUGCCACAUCCUGAGUCAUACAAACAUCUAGACUUAAGCAAUUUUGUGUGCUGAUCACAGUUACACUAGCCCACAGCAUUCCAUCUUUUUUCUAGGUAAUAACCCUUAAGCUUUACACCAUAGCAUCAGUAUACAUUUUCUCCAUACCUUCCCUUAUACAUUUCCUAAGGAGUUAAAAAGAAGAAGUUGUGUAACAAUCAAGAGCUUCUUUAGGUGGUGUGUGUGAUCGAGGGGUGAUAUUGUUAGGAAAAAUAGAUGCUAAUAGCUCUUAUGAGUCAGAGGGUUAAGGAAUGUUCCUUCUUGUCAUGAGAAUUGCAUAUUUUACUUGUAAAUACUGAAUUCUGUGCUGUUCUGACUUCUGCCUCUUAAACUUUUAUUGCCAACAGGUAUUCAACUGUUAAGUCUAAAACUUUCCUUCUGUAUCCAUUUCAACAGGAUGUCUUUGAUCACAUGUGGGCUGCUGAAGACUAUGAGGUAUUCAAGCGACUGAUGAUUCAGAAAAAUAUUGAGCUUCAACUACAGGCCCUGCAGCUUCUCCAGCAAGUUCAUAAUGUCCAAAUGCCCAUGCCAAUACCUAUGCAAAAUCAAAUGCCGAUGCCUGUUUCUGUGGCUCCACCCAAUUCAGUUCCUAUGGCUCCAUCCAGUUCUGUUCCUCAACCUCCAGGCGCAGAUGAAGAUGCUAUCAUGCAGGAGGUUUUGAGGAGAUCUAAGGAAGAGUUUGAGUCUAAACAAAAAGAUGCCAAAGCUAAAACAGAGCAAGAAUUUGAAAGGACUUUGGCAGAAUCUACAGAAGAAAGUAAAAGGUAGCAGUUGUUUACAUUAUUUGUUUCCAAUAUUUUAUCUUAGCCUUUAUACAGGCCCAAGUGGCCCAUGGGGCUGGUGCUUGACUCCAGUUUUCUUAGCAUGAAGUAGUUAGGUGUAUUGCUACUCCCCCCUGGAUAGGAUGCUAGUACAUCGCAGGGUUACCCCCAGUACAUUUUCUGGUACCCAUUUGUACACCUGUGUGAAGAGAAGCACUGUGAGAACAAAGUGUCUUGCCUAAGAACACAACAAAAUGACCCUGGCCAGGGCUCGAACCUGGACCACCUGAUCCAGAGUCAAGCGCACUAACCAUGAGGCCACUGCGCCUCCACAAUAUUUUAUCUUGCAGAGAGUUAAAAUGUUUAUCUGACUAGGAGUGUAUGAUUCGGCAAAAGAAGUUUCAGCAAAACCUGCUUUUAAUAAUGGUGAAAUAAAAAAAGACUAUUCAAGUGCCAGGUUUCUCACUGAAAUUAAUUGACUAAACUGAGACAUUUUUCUAAAUAAGUCGCAUACUGUAAAAUAACUGCAUUUCUCUGAAGAGCUGUCACAUCUAAUAGGACUAAUCUAAUUGUUUAUUUUGAAAUUUAUUCUUUUUAAUCUUCUCUCUUAUCAUCUGAGUCUAUUUUCAUUAUUCCAUUAGAGGAUCUUUGUUUUUGUCAACACUAGAAAGUGUAGUUGAUGAAGAAGGUCCAAGAUGAUGUGAUUGAAAACAAUUGAAAGCAAUAUAGUUGGAGUUGCUCUGUUGUGUUAAAAAUUUUUUUUUUUAUUUUAAUUCUGGUGUUGCCCAUGCAAGAUCCUUUAAUUUCUAUAGCAAUUGUGGAGUUACUGCACUGUUGUUCCAAAUGAUAUCACAUGAGUCACUGAAUGAUACUGUCAGUGUUUCUUGCUGAUUUGAACUUCAGAAAGUAAUUGAUCUAUUUUCCACUGCCAUCAAUAUUUUUUAUCUUGCCCUUGCAUCAAGAACUGCACACCAGUGGAACUAGUGUUGGUUUCCAUAAUGAAGUGACUUUGAGUAUUCAACCCUUUACGCCCUAAUAAAUAAGGGGGUAAGGUUCUAAAGAAACUGUGGUGCUGCAUUGGUGGGAGAAUAUAACAGGGGAAUUUAGUAUUAUCAACUGAGUUGACACUGUAAAUUGGCCUGCAUAAAAAGUUUCAUAGCUGAUGUUUCUGGCAUUAGUCCUUUGUCAUUCACUCAGACGAAGGGCUAAUACUUGAAAUGACAGCUUUAAAACUCUUUAUGGUGGUCAAUUUACGUUACCAACUCAGUUGAUAACACUAAAUUACCUCUUUAGACCCUAACAUGAGUAAGGAUAUUCUCCAUAUACUGUUCUAAACAGGUAUGUGACGUUGUGGACAACAUUGACUUUGAUAUGCUGCAGCACAAUUUUUCUUAAUCAUUCAUAUGAUCUUUCACAACUGGCGUACAUCAUCUUAUCCCAUUGGGUUAGCAAAUUUGUUACACAAUUUCUAUUUCAAUAAUGUGAUUUUUCACAAUUACAUAUUUCUUCUGUUAACCCAAAAAGGGGUGUGCUUCCUUUCCUUUCCUUUCCACUUGUAAAAGUUAAAAGUGGCUGUCUAUGCCUUUCAAUUUCUGCAGCCCAACUCCAUCAGCUGACUACUUCCUUGCUUACCUGUAUGCUCUAUAACAUUUGGUUUUUUUUUUUUUUUCAUCUUCUGGGCCUUUAUCUUCUACACCCCUAGAACAUGUUUAUCUUCGCAAACACUGGAAAAACCUGGAAAAGAAGGCUCCAAGUGACAAAUAGGUUUUAAAAAUGCUCUUCUCUCUUAAUUGUGGAUAUUUUUUGGGUAUUAGGUCAUCAACACUCACUCUUUGUUCUAAAGUGAAUCGUUUAACCUUUAACAGUCUAAUUACUCUCUGUAUAUUCUUUCUACUGUACACCAAGGUACUGUCAAGGAGAGUUUGUUUAACAAUCAAGAGCUUCUUUGCUGAGGGAUCAUUUCCUCUGUUCUUGUGACCUUCAUGUUUGUUUCAAGGGUGAUAUUUUAAUGGAAAGUUAUAUCAUAAUUUCUCCAAAGGGUGAAACUUCUACAUCCUCCUUGGAUAUUCAAUGACAUUUUGAGGGAAACGUUUAACAACCAUUUAGUGGAACUGUCUCACUCUUUUGACGUUCUUACUGCAACAAGAUUUGGGAUUUUUAGCCAUUUUAGCGGUUCUCAGCUUUAUCUUCUUCAUUUAUGUGCAAUUCUCUAUAUUCUUUAAAUUUACCAUUCAAAUUUCUGAAAAGAUCGAAGCAAUUUUUUUUCGCUAGAAAAUUAUUUCAAAGUAAUAGUAGCCUUUGGGUAAGGCCUUUAUGAUGAGCGCUUUGGCCCGGGCGUUUAUUUGCCCGCGGGAAAUUUUAAGGCCUUGAGCUACGCGAACCCGCGAGAGGUCUGUAAGGGGUCUGGAACUGAAUAUUAGUGCCAGUCCCUAACUUGUCUCAAAUAUUCCCGGAGGCGGAGUAAGGUGCGUCCUGCAGUACAUAGAAUGAAGGCCUGCUUGUAAGCUAAGGUGAUAUCGAAACGUCUUGUUUUUCUGCUAAUUUUAAUUCUUUGAUUUUUUUAAGGCUAACCGAAAUAGCCAAAAGAGAGCAAGAUGAGCUAGAAAAAGCACUUCAGAUAUCAUUGGAGGCACAAAAGAUGCAGACAGCCGAGGUGGAGAAAUUGCGGGACGAAGUGAAAAAAUCAACAUCAGAAGGUUCUCCUCAGCCCACCUCUGCUGAGGCCAAACCUGCUCCCAAGCCCUCCCCUGCAGAAAGUAAAGCGGCGACUAAAGCCUCUCCUGCUGCGAGUAAGACAGCACCUAAACCCUCCCCUGUGAAAUCUAAGUCACCCACUCAGCCUAAAAGUCAAGCUUCUGGGUUACCGCCCCUGUCAGUAAAGACAAAGAAAGCAGAUACACCAGUUAAUGCAGCAGAAGGAUGGUUAAAAAGCGCCAAGGAGGACGCUGCUAACAAUGCCAGUGUCACGCCAACGCAGGUAAACUUGUCAAGUGUUUGCGCGCACGCGUGAUAAUCGCUUAUCACGCGAGAAAGUACUCCAACGUUAUGGAAGCCCGCUAAGUAAAUUUGUGCGUCAAUCCGAAAUCGCCCUUUGUCUUCGUUUCGCCCUGGGUCCAAGAUUUUAUCAGGUGCUUAAUUUAGAUGUGGCUUCCACUAAUUUUCGUUGGUGUCAAAGGGACUCCAAAAUUUGGUUCUCUUUACCCUGUGAUUGGUCGAUAAAUCUCGCGUCAUUCCCAAAUUGCGUUUCGGGCAUCCACGCUCAAGGCAGUUAAUUUACAUCAAAAGACAGCUGCCGUAAGUUAGGUUAUUUGUUCAACCGCAUCACGCGAUAUCAAACAUGGCGUCAAGUAGAUAGAUUUAUAGGGAAUUUCAAAUCAUUUUACCAACAUAGUUAUUGAAUGUAAAAUGUUUCAAUUAGAAAGUCUCACCUAAUUUUCACUAGCUCAUAAUUGUUUUCUGUGUGGUGGUUUUCGCAGUUUAGUGUGAUUUAAGCAAUUUCUUUCCAACACCGUUUACCUUCUCAUGGAGAAAUAGUUACUUACGAUGGUUAGCUUUGCUCUGUUUCACUGGUUACUUCUUUCAGUGGGUUUGGGUUUUGCGACACAUAGGCUAAGAGCGUUCUGUGUCUGUUACCUCCUCAGUAGUUUUUUGUAGAGUGUCACGCCAACAAAAAUGCGAACUUCUCAAAUACUGCUGCGUGUUUAGCUCUGUAGGGUGACCAUUGUCACACCAUCGCUGAGGCAGAACAGACACACACGGUGAUUACUGUCACGCACCUCAAACCUCCUUUGUGAAGAAACAACAGCGUUCCUGUCGUGCCAGCACGGAACCUUCUAAAUUUACUGUUGUAAUCUAAGUCACUUCUCAAUUUUCAUCAAACGUACCUCUUUGUGUUAACAGUCAAAGGAGGUAAGCGAAGAAGAGAUGAAAAGACGAGCUGCUUAUCUUAAACAACAGCGAGACAAGCUCAUGGACCUGAAGAGGCAAGAACGCGAGAAAAACUUGACGAAGUACACCGAACAACAGCCGAAGGCCCGGCCGACAUCUUCCCGAGCAGCACGUCAGGUCACAGCAGGAGAGCAGGUCCCUUCACCGGCUGCAAAGAGCGACAAAGAUGGAGAAAAGAAACUGGCGAUGCGGCGAGCUCUUGCGGACGUUUUGAAGCGAGAAGUCGUCGAUAAAAAUUAAUUCCUGGCAAAUUAACUUUUGGUUCUAGUCGGGGCUGGUCAAUGUGAAGGUUACUGUUAAUGGAAAGUUAGUUAAAGUUAACUAAUUGUUAUGCACAUUACGUCAGGCGGAAAAAUUCACUUAAGGCAUAUUCUUUUUAAGUGCACGAACAGCGAAUUCUCUUUUUCGACCAAGCAGAUAGCGAGUAUGGCCUCCAAGGUAGCACUGAAAUUUGCCGAUAAAACUUUUGGGUACUCAAGUGAUCACGACGGUGAAUAAUGUCGCUGUAGGAGUGUCCUGCUAGUUCUAUUCCCGCCGGGCACAACAUUUGAGAUCAGUGCUAAGUUACUUUAGAAGCGUGCGAUAGUGAUAAUGAUAAAUUAGCCCACGUUGUUUCUUUGUUCAAAGUACACUAAAUUUUGGUGAUUUCCUGUUCGUUUUUCCGCGAUAGAAGGUUCGAAAUGUUACCAAAUUUUGUCCACAAAUGACAGUUUGGAAAUAUCAUAAAGUUUUUCUUUUGUUUUGUCACUUUUUUGUCGUUGGUGCAGUCGUUUUUUUGCCAAAAUGACGUUGAGAUCUACAUUGGAAGUGACUAAAUCGUUAGAAAAACGUCCAUUCUUCAUUGCUACUGUAUUUUACCACCAUGUAACCUCGACUUAUGUCACGAUGUGUUUCUUGUAUGAUCCUUGGGUAAGGACCAUUGGGAAAUAUAUUUUGAGUUGGAAGAAAUUUUAAAGCUACAGCAAGCUUUGUUUUGUAUUGUUAAUGUCUUCAAUUUCACAGGCAGGAAAUUUUUUUCAAGAAAACUUCUUGCGAGAGUUUUUUCUUGGGCUAAAGUUAAUAUAAGAAGUUCAAUGCAAUAAUUUAUUUCUAUGGUUAUUCGGCAUUCUUCACAAUUUUUCCCCUUCUGUUUUAUUCCUUAUCGUUUUAGGCAAAAUUUCUGUUAAUCCUGUUGUUGUGAUCUAAAAUACACUUUUUUUCAGAUCAGAAUCGCUAAAUAUGAAAUAGAGUCCUUAUGUUCGCAAUGAUGGUACUGAAGGGAAUAUCCUCUCCCUUAAAUUUUGUUACCACAGUGGCAUGUCAGCAGAUCAAUUCAGACUCAUAAUUACAAUAAUCCCAGCUAGAAACUGACAGAGUCAAAAAUCCUUCUCAUGUUCGAAAAAUCAUCUAAAGAAUUUCAUGCUGUAAAGUGGAUUUUUCAGAACUUAUUUAAGACUUCAAAAGUUUUUGAAAAUGAAUAAAGUGCUCGGAGAAGUCUUAAAAUUGAGUGACUUAAAAGUCACAUGCUAUAACAAUUCUAAGUCAGAAAUUACGAUAGGUUUUGAACUGAAAUUUGAAUGAAUUUUCCUUCAGUAGCUAAACGCUUUAACUCCUACAAGUGAUAAACAUGUAAUAUAUCUUUACAUUAUCCUUACAUUGUCCUGUAGACUUACCAGGUUAAAGUUGUUUUCUUGAUCUAACAUUAAAUUAUCGUAACUAAUUUACAAGAAAAUGAGUGGCAGCUAGGGGGUGAAUUAACAAUCACAUCUCGGGAGUUAAGGGUUUAAUUGACCAUGAAGACACAAACUGUGGUAAUUUAAAGAAUGUUAUACAAGUUUUAUAUUAUUUUAAAUCAUGUAAUUUUUAAUAUUUAAGAAUUAUCGUUUGUCUCGCGACAUGGUCACUUAUGAUGUGAAUUGCGACGUUUCGACUGCAUACUGCUAGUCUUCAUUAGGCGAUAAGGUCGACUGGUUUUGGGUCUUCAUAGCGAGCAGGACGUGUAAUCGUGGGCAUUCACGCUUCAGGAAUUUCUAUUCCACUGUUCCUAACAAGACCAACAAGGACAGUGGAAUAGAAAUUCCUGAAUUGUGGACGCCCACGAUCUAAAAACACAACAACUGGAGAGCCGUACGACAGCGGACCGCUGAGGGAACAACUCAAUAACAUCAAGGAUCGAAACGCGUCAAUCACAGCGGAGCAUCCUGCUAUAGAAGAAGACCCGAAACCUGUCGACCUUAUCGCCUGGUGAAAAGUAACAGUAUGCAGUCGAAACUUCGCGAUUCAAACCGUGAAAGUGACCAAAUCGUGAGACAAGUGAUAAUACCUUACUAUUACUGUACUUUACUACGAUUAACAAGCACAACCCUUUUUACGAAACCAAAUAUUUGUUUUGAAGAAGUCUUAACAAAUCCUGUGAGUACAGUUCAAGUAUUAUUUACCUCGCGCGUCAAGAGUUAAAUUUUCUCGGGAUAUUGAAGAAUAUAAGCUAAGUUUUUGGUAUCUGAGUGUUACAUACUAAAUUAUUCACUUGUGUGUCGGUGAAAGUUGCGGUGAGGUAAAUAUCCAUCACAGUUCACCUCCACAUCGGUGGUUAAUUGUUAAAUAUGAUCGUUAGACUCAAUCUAAUGAUCCGCUGGGCACAAUCAGAGGUCGACUCAUAUUCAACCUGUCGAAAGGAUCAGCUUUCUUGUAACUAGCUUUACUGUGCAGUAUCUUAUAAACCAAGGUGCAUUAUUCAGCUGAAAACUGGUUUCUUAAGCAGAAAAUUUCACAUCAGAUGAUAUUAAGUUCAUAAAGAAAACAAUGUGCUGUAACGAUUUCAAUUCAGCGAUUUUGCGUCUUAAGUGUCGUCUUCAAGUAGUUCCUGUAAUUUUUUUUGUCUUGGUAGCUGAUGGG